AUGGAGAAGAUCCUGGUCUUGCUUGUCCUGUUAGCUGGUUGCUACUCUCAGCCUGAAGAUCAAACUGGUAGAGUCUUUAUCUUCCCAAGAAGAUCUGCUGUUGAUUACGUGAGACUCACACCGAGCCUCAACAGCACAGUCAAUGCCCUGAAAGCCAUAACCAUCUGCCAGCGGUUCCUCUCCAGUGAUAAAGACGGACAGACCUUAUUUUCAGUCGCUACUAAAUGUCAUCACAACAGCCCUUUGUUGUACAAAUAUGCAGAUAGAUAUGAAGUAUACAUGAGGGUCACUAAGGAUCCCCUAACUUUCUGGGGGUUGCCUAAUAACCUGAACGAAUGGCAUUCCUAUUGUUUCACUUGGGAGUCCAAUACGGGGCUGGUUCAGCUGUGGGUGAAUGGGGUGAACAGUGCAAAGCAGAUGGGGUAUAAAGGUGGGUCUAUUGAAGCAGCACCCAGCAUGAUCCUUGGCCAGGACCAAGAUUCCUAUGGUGGAGGCUUUGCCAAGAAGAAUGCCUUUGUCGGACACGUUACAGAUGUUCACGUGUGGGAUAAAGUUAUCUCAGACUGUGACAUCCGUGAUUUUACCGAGGGGUCUAGCUUCAAACCAGGAAAUGUCAUUAAUUGGCACAGACUUGAGUUCACAAUGGGUGGUGAGGUGGUCCUGGAGGACCAGCAAAAAUGCUGUGAAGAUGAGUGA